AGUUGAAAGCACAGUUCACACUGACUUGCAAACGUGAUCAACAUGAACCCGCUCAAGAUUUUCUGUUUCGUGGCUUUACUCGUUGCUGCCGCUAGUGCUUCACCCAAACGUGGCAACAACAGGAAUAAUGCCGCCUCGAACAGUUUGAAGCCUACAGAUUGGUUGUCGGUUUCCGAGCUCCAGUCAAUGCAACCAGUCGAGGAUUUAGCUUUGCAAAAGUUGGAGAACUUGUCCGUGGAGGAAGGCCAACAGGAAAUUCAGAAAAAUUAUCACCUAUCCCAAAUCAACCAUGCUCUGCAGCCAUCAUUUGUUCCAAGUCCCAGUAAUGUGCCCGUAGUCUUGAUGAAACCCAAUGGUCAACCUGAGCGCACCAAUCUCAAUAAUUUGGCUGAAGCCGCAAAACAACAGCGCAACUUUGGCAAUCAGGAGGUUACCAUUUUCAUCACUGGCUUGCCACAGACCAGCCCUGCAGUCGCAAAGGCCAACAAGAAGUUAGUUCAGGCGUACAUGCAACGUUAUUAUGGUCAACAACAACCAAUCGACAUCAACAGCAAGGAAUAUGAUUAUGGCAGCAUUAAUGGUAACCAAAUUUCCUCUUCCAGCGAAGAAGACAAUGAUUCAAGCAAGAAUCCAAGACCCACUCGAGGAGACCUUGUCAUCAUCAACUUAGGCGCCACAUUGACCGACAUGAAACGCUAUGCCCUCCUCGAUGUAGACGAAACCGGUAAAAUGAUUGGCAAAGCUAUUGUUCAAUUGACCAACGAAGUUGAUGUGCCAGAAGAAAUCAUUCACAUUGUUGCCCAGGGUAUUGCUGCUCAGGUUGCCGGACCCGCCGCACGUGAAUACAAACGUUUGACUGGUCAUAAAAUCCGCCGUAUCACAGCGUUGGAUCCCUCUAAAAUUUACGCCAAGAACAAUGAAAUGAUAACUGGCUUAACCCGUGGAGAUGCUGAUUUCGUCGAUGCCAUCCAUACCUCGACUUGUGGAAUGGGAACACAUGAACGCGUCGGUGAUGUCGAUUUCUACGUUAAUGGUCCCGGAUCAAUUGCCCCUGGCGCUAACAAUGUGGUUGAAGCAUCUAUGCGUGCUACACGUUACUUCGCCGAGACGGUGCGCCCAGGAAAUGAGAGCAACUUCCCCGCUCUCGCCGCCAACUCUUUGAGCCAAUACGAAAAUAACGAAGGCACUGGAAAACGCGCCUACAUGGGUAUUGCCACCGAUUUCGAUUUGGAAGGUGACUACGUUCUGAAGGUUAACGCCAAGAGUCCAUUCGGCAAGAGCUCUCCCGCCCAACAGCAAAACGCUUACCACCGUCAACACAACACAUGGAAAAGCGGCAACCCCUUGAACAUGAAGUAACAAACUAACUAUCCAUCCUAUCUUUUCCACACAUAAUUUUUGUAACUUUCAAAAAAAAAAAAAUAAAGGAUUAAUUUUUGUAUGUAAAAAA